AAUAGCGCUUUAACAACACGCUGAUUGCAGAACGUGCGUCCGGCUUUGUUUCUAAAGGAAGAAAUCUGAAAAAUCUAUUUCAAUGGCACCCAGCAACGCUUCUACUAAAGGUUCCGCACCUGCAAAAAGUUCUAGUGCACGAUCUUUUAAUGAAAAAGAGAAACCAAAGCAAAUUAGAGACAGCAAUAUCACAGCCGCUAAAGCUGUUUGCGAUGCCAUUCGUACAAGUUUAGGGCCUCGUGGAAUGGACAAAAUGAUUCAAUCUGGAAAUGGUGAUGUAACUAUUACUAAUGAUGGUGCAACUAUUUUAAAGCAAAUGCAAGUAUUACAUCCUGCUGCUAGGAUGCUCGUCGAUUUGUCUAAAGCACAAGACAUUGAAGCUGGUGAUGGUACUACAUCUGUAGUUGUGAUUGCAGGUAGUCUUCUGGAUGCAGCUGCAAAACUGUUGGAUAAAGGGAUCCAUCCUACAACAAUAUCCGAGUCUUUUCAGCAUGCUGGUGCGAAAGCUGUUGAAGUUCUGAAUGACAUGGCAGUACCUGUAGAACUAAAUGACCGAGAAAGUCUCUUGAAGAGUGCUACAACUGCCCUCAGCUCAAAGAUUGUUUCCCAGCAUUCCGUGCUCCUUGCUCCUCUAGCUGUUGAUGCUGUGAUGAAAGUCAUUAACCCAACUGUUGAUACCAAUGUGAAUAUGAAGGAUAUUAAGAUAAUGAAACAAUUGGGGGGAACUGUUGAUGAUAUUGAAUUGAUUGAUGGUCUUUUGUUUAAACAAAAGAGUGCAGGAUUAGCUGGAGUGACUAAAAUUGAAAAGGCUAAAAUUGGACUAAUACAAUUUUGUGUGUCACCCCCAAAAACUAAUAUGGAUCAUCGUAUAGUUGUGUCCGAUUACACGCAAAUGGACCGUGUGCUUAGGGAAGAAAGAGCAUAUCUACUUAAUAUUGUAAAACAAGUCAAAAAGGCAGGAUGCAAUGUGCUACUGAUACAGAAAUCUAUUCUUAGGGAUGCUGUGACAGAUUUAGCUCUUCAUUUUUUCAAUAAGAUGAAGAUUAUGGUGGUAAAAGAUAUUGAACGUGAAGAUAUUGAAUUUAUUUGCAAAACUUUAAGCUGUCGCCCCAUUGCCAGUCUUGAUCAUUUUGUACCGGAAGCUUUGGGAUCUGCUGACCUUGUGGAGGAAUUCCAAGCUGGAGGUACAAAAUAUGUGAAGGUAACAGGUGUUGCAAAUCCUGGUAAAACUGUUACUUUGUUCUUGAGAGGUUCAAAUAACCUUGUUUUAGAGGAAGCUGACCGAUCACUUCAUGAUGCUCUCUGUGUUAUCCGAUGCUUAGUCAAGAAAAGAGCUGUAAUAGCUGGAGGUGGAGCUCCAGAAAUUGAAAUUUCUCUGAAGUUAGCCGAACACUCACGUACAUUACAAGGUGAAGAAGCGUAUUGUGUGCGAGCUUAUGCCGAUGCUUUUGAGAUAGUGCCUUACACUCUUGCUGAGAACGCCGGACUCAACGCCAUUGCAACUGUUACAGAGCUCCGAAAUAGGCAUGCUAAGGGGGAGAAGAAUGCUGGUAUCAAUGUUAGAAAGGGAUCUGUCACCAAUAUUCUCGAAGAAAACGUGUUGCAACCUCUGCUAGUCAGUGUUAGUGCUGUGACUUUAGCUUCAGAAACAGUUCAAACAAUUAUGAAAAUUGAUGAUAUUGUUAAUGUUGUUCGAUGAAAACAACAGAAGAAAGAUUAUUUGCUGCAAAAUUGCUCGUUCUAACAACCAAUACAUUCGACUGUAUUCUGCAUUUUGAACUGUUUUCUGGUUUCUUGUUUCUUUUUUAUUACUACUGACAUUCAUUUUGUAAUUGGACUUCACUGUUUCAUUUUUGAUUGUUUGCCAUCUGCUAAUAAAAAGUAUUUCUAUACUAUAA